AUGGGCUCGGGGGCCUCGUUGGCGGCAGCGGGAAGCGCCAAAGCCGCAGUGGCUGCCGGGGUGGUGGCUUCGGGCACCGCGAAGGUUGCAGUGGGUGCCGUCCGGGGCGACGACAGCGGCCGCGAACUGAUUUCCGAUGGCCUGCAGGACGUGAAGGAGGCAACUUCCGAGCUCCUCUGUGGAGGGGUGUCUCUGGUGGCUACAACCGUGGCGGUGGCCUGCGCUGGCGCAGCCGGCGGCCUCGCGCGGGUGGUGGAGGGCGGACCUGGGCCAGGACUCCGAGGCGCCCUUCUCGAAGCCCCUGCUGCAGCGGUCUCCCACGCUGCUGGCGGCGCUGGCCCCUUGGGGGUCCUGGCAGGCGCCUUCGUAGCCGGUCAUGGCUCGGGUGGCGCUUGGCAGGAGAGCACCGAGGAGAGCCGGAGACAAGCGCUAGCCGAAAAAGAGGCGCUGCUGCAAUCUAUCGGAACCUGGAGCUCGCCGUCUCCUGCUGAAAUCGAGCUGCCCCUGUCUGAGCUCGCCGCGCUCGCCCGGGCCGUUUACGCGGAGCCGCCAACAGAGCUGCCGGGCUGGCGCUGCGACCUAGCCUGCGUGCGAGACCCGGAAGAGGAGGUCGAGGCGCAAAUGGCCGUCUUCUUACGCCCAGGCGGCUCUCGAGGCAAACAAGUACAACGGGAUCUGGCUGUCAUCGCCAUCCGGGGUACGGCAGAUGUUCAUGACCGACUCCGAGAUUGGCGAUCGGUGGUCAUGUACAGCUACCCGAAAGCCUUCGUGGAAGCCGCGGCAGAGUUGACGAGGAUGUAUCACGAGCAGGGCUGCGACGUGAUGAUCACUGGGCACUCGCUCGGAGGAUACCUUGCCGAAGUCGUGGCCACUUCCUUAGGACUCCCGGGAGCAGGCUUCUGUGCUCCCGGCCCGGGAUUCCACAACGGGCCGGGUGCGGGGCUGGGCUUCGUCACGGUGAACCACGAGGCAGAUACCAUCGGCAAUCACAACCACGACUUUCAUGUCAGACCACCUGUGUACAUACUCGACGGCGGGCUUUUCAUGCUCCCUUGGACAGCACACUCCAUGGCUGAAAUGGUCAAGUACAUGUCGAAGAGGGAGGACUGGACAAACCUCAACGCCGUCGCAAAGUGCAGCGCUGAGCAGCCCAGGGUUCCCCUUCGGGUCUUCGCCGGACCUCGCUCAAGGCGGGACUGA